CACCGGCGCCAAACACACUAGUCUCUCCUGCCCCAAAUCUAAGAACCCAGAAAAUCUUCUUCCCUCAAUCUCAAAUUUGAGGUGAGUAGCUUCCCAAUGGACAAGACCGUGAUGUGCCUUCUGACGGACCCAGAUGACAAUCCAUUAGGACCGUCGACCUAUUUUCCUCAACAAACUGGCACCCACCAACUUCAACAAAUCGUCAAUCAGCUCCUUGAAAAUGAGGAGAAGCUGCCUUAUACUUUCUAUGUAGGAAAUAAGGAGCUUAAUGAGUCGCUGGGAGAGUAUGCGGAGAAGAACAAAAUUUCUGUUGAAAAGGUACUCAAAAUCGUGUAUCAACCACAAGCUGUUUUCCGAAUUCGCCCUGUCAAUCGUUGCUCAGCCACAAUUGCUGGUCACUCAGAAGCUGUACUUUCUGUUGCUUUUAGUCCUGAUAGUAAACAUUUGGCGAGUGGUUCUGGUGAUACAACUGUCCGGUUAUGGGACCUUAAUACUCAGACACCUUUGUACACAUGUUCAGGACAUAAGAAUUGGGUUCUUUGUAUUGCUUGGUCUGCUGAUGGAAAGUAUCUUGUUAGUGGGAGCAAGUCUGGAGAACUUCAAUGUUGGGAUCCACAGACAGGAAAACCAUCAGGCAAUCCACUUACUGGCCACAAGAAAUGGAUUACUGGAAUCUCUUGGGAACCAGUCCACCUCGCUGCUCCAUGUAGACGCUUUGUAAGUGCUGGGAAAGAUGGUGAUGCACGCAUAUGGGACGUUACAUUGAAGAAAUGCGUAAUUUGUCUUAGUGGCCACACACUAGCAAUAACUUGUGUAAAAUGGGGUGGAGAUGGUUUUAUAUAUACAGGUUCCCAAGAUUGUACGAUUAAGGUCUGGGAGACUACACAGGGGAAGCUGAUUCGUGAACUCAAGGGUCACGGGCACUGGGUUAACACUCUUGCAUUGAGUACUGAAUACGUUCUUCGCACUGGGGCUUAUGAUCACACUGGCAAGCAAUAUUCAUCGCCUGAGGAAAUGAAAAAGGCAGCUUUGGAAAGAUAUAACAAGAUGAAAGGCAAAGCUCCUGAAAGAUUGGUUUCUGGAUCCGAUGAUUUCACUAUGUUUCUGUGGGAGCCUUUUGUCAGCAAACAACCCAAAGCUCGCUUGACAGGUCAUCAACAGCUUGUAAACCAUGUCUACUUUUCACCUGAUGGGCAAUGGAUAGCAAGUGCAUCAUUCGAUAGGUCUGUUAGAAUAUGGAAUGGCACGACUGGCAAGUUUUUUGGAGUUCUCCGGGGUCAUGUUGGUCCUGUUUACCAGAUCAGCUGGUCCGCAGAUAGCAGGCUACUUUUAAGUGGUAGCAAAGAUUCGACUUUGAAGGUCUGGGAUAUCAGGACAAUGAAAUUGAAACAAGACCUUCCAGGUCAUGCAGAUGAGGUUUAUGCUGUUGAUUGGAGUCCAGAUGGUGAAAAGGUUGCUUCUGGCGGUAAGGAUAGAGUUCUGAAAUUAUGGAUGGGCUAAUGACAAUAGACAAAAGUACAGGCAACUAUGGUCUGGAAAUGGUGGAUUUAGCAUUGAAGUUCUUGAUGCUGCAAUGUUAAUAUAAGCAAGCGCCAACAGGAAGAUACUAAAGAGAUAAACAAGACUUGGGAACUCGAGAAUCAGCACGGCUCCGUUGACAGUCCUAAAUUGUUGAAGUUUAUAUCUAUUUGGGUGCAAACAUUCUGCAUGCUAGCUUUUUUGAGGAAGAGCAAGGCAGCGAUAAGUUACGCUGUGUAUUCCUUUUUCCUGAUGUAUUAAUUUGGUAUUUGUAGACUCGACACUCGUGAACUCGGAAUUAUGGUCAUUUACAUUAGCAUCAGAUGCUAUUAUACACUGGAGUAAUGGACAGUUUAAUUAGCAAUCAAAUCUGAAUACAACAAAAAAUAU